AGAGAGAAGAAGAAGAAGCAGCAGCUGCCAGCAUGGCGUUUACUCUCUACUCUCUCAUCCAGACCGCUAUUCUGUGCACGAAUGCGGUCGCUGUGUUGCAUGAGGAGCGGUUUCUCAGCAAGAUGGGCUGGGGCGUUGAACAAGGAGUUGGGGGUUUUGGGGAUGAUCCAGGAAUCAAAGCUCAGAUACUCAACCUCAUCCGUUCAGUCAGGACCAUCAUGAGAGUGCCCUUGAUAAUAGUGAACACUGCCUGCAUCAUCCUGCUGUUGCUGUUUGGUUGAUGGCUGGGCGUUGGUCCACUGAUCUGGAGGAAAUUUGCCAAGGAACAACCACACACUUGUGUACGGAGCAGCUCCAGGUUUAGAGAUUUUCAUCAUUGUCUGCCAACAACAAGGACGAAAAAGUUAUUUUAUUUUUGUUUUUUUCUUUAAUAUCUUCAAUUUGCAGAGAGGGAACCACAAAUAAGAAUCUGCCUUCCAGCUGCAAAGACAAGAAGAGUUGACCCACUCACCAGACAAAUAUAUCAGACUAUCUCCCCUGCUCAUGAGCACAGAAAUGCCUACACGCAUUACAUUUUUUUAACAUCAUCUCGGACGUUUGUGCUGCACAGGUCAUAUUCAUUGUUUUUCACAGUAUGUUGAGAGGAAUCUGUUUUGAUGAGUUAGUGAUAUGUGCCAUAUGUUUUGUGAAAGGUUUAAAUCAGCAUCGAAGGCCUGGAAAGGUGCUUAAAAUCAGUGUUCGGAGAUCAUAAACAAUAACUUUAAUCCUGUCGGUAGAGCUGUGUUAUAAGCUGCAGACUUCUGCAGCGUGUUUGUACAGACAGAUUGGGAGAAAACAGGAUUUGUUAAAGUGACGGUCACUAUAAAGGUUUAAUUUUUGCUGUUUGUUGUCAUUAACACAUUUUCUUCCAUAUUAUAUUUUAAGCAAUACUCCUGAAAACAAAUCAAACUGGAUGUACUGUUUUCAGUGUGGCCUGCACAUCAAGGCUCUGUUUUUUUAAAUAAAUUUGGUUGAGUUUU